AUGGCGCCUCUUUAUCAGCGUCCAGAAAACGCUCUUAAACGAGCCGAAGAGUUGAUCGCGGUUGGUCAAAAUGCCGCUGCAUUGCAAUCGCUUCACGAGAUAGUCAUUUCCAAGCGUUCACGCACGCAACCACUUGCAGCAUUGGAGCCAAUUAUGCUUCGAUUUGUUGAGUUAUGCGUGAAUUUGAGAAAAGGAAAAAUCGUGAAAGAAGGGCUGCAUCAAUAUAAAAAUAUCUCUCAAAAUACCAGUGUCACAACAAUUGAGUUGGUCAUAAGAAAAUUUAUCGAACUCUCUGAAGGAAAAGUCACAGAAGCCCAAGCAAAAGCAGAUCAAAUCACUUUAGAUGCUCUUGCUAUUGAUGAUCUUGAAGCUUCGGAGACUCCAGAAUCUAUAAUGCUAAGUACUGUAAGCGGUGAACAGAGUAAAGACCGAACAGACAGAGCAGUUGUUACGCCAUGGUUAAAAUUUUUGUGGGAAGCUUAUAGGACCGUGUUGGAUAUCUUGAGGAAUAAUGCGAGACUAGAGAUAUUUUAUCAAUCCACAGCAAAUCAAGCGUUUCAAUUUUGCCUCAAAUACACAAGAAAGACCGAAUUUAGACGUCUUUGUGAUCUCCUACGUAAUCAUCUUCAAAAUAUAGCAAAAUAUGCACAUCAACCACAUUCAAUUAAUCUAAACGAGCCUGAAACACUUCAACGCCAUCUCGACACUCGAUUUGCGCAAUUAAACGCCGCUGUCGAGUUAGAAUUAUGGCAAGAGGCUUUUCGUUCGAUCGAAGAUAUUCAUAAUCUGUUAUCGAUGUCAAAAAGACCGCCUAAACCCUACAUGAUGGCUAAUUACUAUGAUAAAUUGACAAAGAUAUUUUUGGUCAGCGAGAAUUACUUGUUCCAUGCCGCCGCUUGGAAUAGAUAUUAUACUUUAGUAAAAGCUCAAAAUAAAGCUUUGAGUGAUGAAGAUAAUACACGUUACGCUUCGUUUGUGUUACUAUCGGCGUUAUCUAUUCCAGUAAUAACAAGUAACAAAACUCGUGCUAUGAUUGAAAUUGAUGAUAAUAAAAGUAAACAACAUCGGCUUGCCGCUUUACUUGGAAUGAAUCGAUCUCCUACACGUACAGGUUUAUUGAAAGAAGCACUCAACAAAAAUAUUCUUCGGCGAGUUCGUCCAGAAUUACGAGAUCUCUAUAAUAUCUUGGAGGUCCAGUUCCAUCCAUUGUCUAUUUGCAAAAAGAUUGAACCGAUCAUGACGCAACUCGCCCAAGAUACUGAAAUGGCUAAAUAUGUUAAGCCAUUGCAUCAAGUAAUCUUAACGCGUCUAUUUCAACAGCUUUCGCAAGUUUACGAUAGCGUUAAGCUUGAAUUUGUCAUCAAAUUAGCUUCUUUCGCACCACCAUACAAUUAUGAUGCCGCGACCAUUGAAAAGUUUAUCAUGAAUGGGUGCAAGAAAGGCGAGCUCGCCAUCCGAAUUGAUCAUGUAACCAACAGUCUGACUUUUGAGACGGAUUUGUUUUCGGCUUCCAAAGAUGCUGAUGCUGAUGGCGCUAAAUUGCAAGCAUCACCAGCAGAUCGUAUGCGAGAUCAAUUAUCGAGACUUGCCAAAUGUUUUUAUACUACAGUUCAUUUAAUUGAUCCUAGCAUUAUCGAAGCGAAGAAAGAAACUAGAAGACAAGCACUUGAACGCGCCUUUGUUGGAAUUGAAGAGGAGCAUAACAAAGCCUUGGCACGUAAGGCAAUUAUUGAGCGACGGAAGGAAUUGGCUGAAACAUUACUGAUGCGUAAAGAAAAAGAGGAACAACGGGAGCGCGCAUUACGUCAAAAACAAAGAGCAGAAGAAGAAGCACAAAGACGUAUCGAGGAAGCAAAGAAACGUGAAUUAGAGAGACGCAAACGUGAACAUGAAGCUAUUCAAAGGGAAGAGGCUAAGAAAUUAGCCGAGUCUUUGAAAUCGAAAAAUCUAAAGGUUCAACCAGAAGAUUUGGAAAAUUUAGAUACCGAUAGAUUGGUUCAACUCCAAGUUGAGCAGUUAGAAAAAGAGAAAAAGGAACUCAAUGAACGAUUAAGAGCUACCGCGAAAAGAAUGGAUCAUCUUGAACGCGCUUAUCGUAAAGAAGAAAUCCCCUUGCUUGAAAAAGAUUAUGAGCGGCAAAGAAAAGCCGAUCGAGCAUAUCAUGAGGCUGCACAGCAGGAACGCUUGGAGGCUGAGCAACGACUAUGUUUAAAUGCUUUUCUGACAUUUAAAAAUUUUAGAAAACUCGACGAAAUUGCUGCCAAACAAAAAGCAAGAGAGCUCCAAGCUGAAGAAAAACGAUUGCAACGUGAGCGUGAGCGUGAAAAAGAAGAACGUGUAGCAAAAGAACGUGCAACAAAAGAGCGUGAAGAACGCGAAUUAAAGGAAAAGAAUGAACGCGACGAUUGGCGUCGACGAGAGGAAAAACCACCUGCAACUCAGACAGCUACGGCUGUUCGUUAUGUUCCUCCCGCUUCUCGAACGUCAACUGAAGCAGCGGAUCCUUGGCGAAGACCACCAGCUCCUAAAACAGGUGAAACUUGGCGCAAGAGUGAAUUACCGCCUCGUACACCAGAUCGUCCUAUUCGCACUACAGAUGAAAAAGGGGUUCCUGAGAGGCGUAAGACCGAUGAAAGACCUUGGCGUAAAUCUUCUGUGCGAUCAACGGAAGAAAGCGAGUCACUAGCAAAGAAUGCAAGUGGAACGCGGCGAGUAGCCCGAACUUCUAAUGCUGCUGAUGAAAGCGACACUUGGCGACGUACUCCUUCGCAACGCGACGAAUCAAAAUCGGAGUGGCGUCAAGGCGGUGAUCGUCAAGAUAGAAUACGAGAUAAUUCAAGAGAUGAAGACGAAACGGAAACCUCUUCAAGAGGACCACCACGCAUCCUAAAAACUAAUACUGAAUCCGGCUGGAGAUCUCGUAGCAUGGCUUCAAAGCAGCAAGAAUUAGAAAAAUCUCCUUCGGAAGGGAGAUCAGGAGCCCUAAGCAGAUGGCGAACUUCUGAGCCUGAUGAAAUGCAGGAUGACGAAAAAGGUUCUGGAGACGAAGACAAAUCUGCACCAUCUCCUGCUUCAAAAUCACAAUUACAAACCCCCGCAUCAACUGCUGAAGAUGAUGAUGGAUUUAUACCUGUAGUGAAAGGAAAAAGAAAAGGUAGAACAUCAUCUACCCCUUUAUAUGAUAAUGAAUAA